AUGAGGCUCUCUUCCAGCCUCCUCGCCCUUGGCGCUCUCGGUGUGCCACAGGCUCUGGCCUGGGGAAGUCUGGGCCACAUCACAUCCGCCUACCUCGCCUCCGAUUUUGUCUCCAAUACCACCGAAGCCUACCUCAAGGACCUCCUCUAUAAUGAGACGUCGGACUACAUGGCCAACAUCGCCACCUGGGCUGACUCGGUCCGCUACACCCGCUGGGGCCGCUUCACGAAGACCUUCCACUUCAUCGACGCCAAGGACAACCCCCUUCUCCUGCAACGCUGGCGAGACCGCAACAUCGCCGCGAAGUUCGUCAUCCACUUCAUCGGCGACCUCCAUCAGCCACUACACAACGAGGACGUCUCCCGCGGUGGCAACGGCAUCCACGUCCUCUGGCAUGGCUCCGAGGUCAACCUCCACCGCGUCUGGGACAGCUCCAUCGCCGAGCAACUCGUAAACGGCCGUCGGAGGGGCAAGCCUUUCGAGAUGGCCAAGCGCUGGUCCGAGCAGCUAGCUUACGAGAUCAGGGAGGGCAAGUAUGCUGCCCAGAAGGAGAGCUGGCUCAAGGACCUUGACAUCAACGACGUAGAGGCCACUGCCCUUGCCUGGUCUAGGGAAUGCAACGCCUAUGUCUGCACGCAUGUCUUCCCCGAAGGUCCCAUCGUCAUCGAGGGUAAGGAGCUAUCCGGAGACUACUACGAGCGUGCGGCUCCUGUCAUCGAACUUCUCGUGGCCAAGGCCGGCUACAGGCUCGGUGCCUUCCUCGACAGAGUCGUAGACGGUUUCCUCCAGAAGAGCGAUGAGACGAGCAUUUCGGAGGAGCUCUAA